AUGAGUGUCGACGGCCCGCCCGCACAACUCCAUGGCACGACGACCUUCUUCGACGGCCAGUACGGCGCCGUGUCGGUGACGCUGACGAUUUGUUGCGCUCUGGCGCUGUUCAACGCCAUCGAGCUGCUGUUCUUGAUCUUCACCACCUUCAAGCGCUAUUCUGGCCUGUACUUCUGGUCUCUCGUCGUUGCUAGCGCGGGCAUCCUGCCUUAUGUGAUUAGCAUUCUGUGCGAGUACUUCACAUUGACGAACCAAUUGGCUGGCGAGGUGCUUUCGACGUUUGGAUGGCCGAUGAUGGUGACGGGACAGAGUUUGGUGCUGUACUCUCGCCUUGGAGUCGUUCUUGGACCAGAACACCACCGAAUCUUGCGGCCGGUGAAGUGGAUGAUCAUCAUCGACGGCAUCGUCUUCCACAUCUCAACCCAAGUCGUCAUGUUCGGAGCCUACAACGCACACCCGGCUCGCGAAUGGGCCCUGGCAUACAAGUACAUCGAGAAGAUCCAGAUGACGGGCUUCACGGUGCAGGAACUCAUCAUCUCCGGCCUCUACGUCUGGCGCACGCUGGACAUCCUCAAGACUGUGGAUGAUGCGAGCGGACGAAGCCGACGACGCAGACGCACCAUGAUGGAGCUGUUCAGCAUCAACGCUGUCAUCAUUAUCCUCGACAUCGCGCUGUUGGUAGUGGAGUACCAGAAUCGGCAUGUGAUUGAGCAGUCGCUCAAGGGCUUCGUGUACAGUUUCAAGCUGAAGCUGGAGUUUGCCGUACUGCGCAAACUAGUCGAUAUCUCGGGACAGCGAUCGCGGGCGUCGCAGAGUACGUUUGCAACCAUUUCUGAAGCGACGAUGGAGAGGACCGAUAGUGUUAUGUCUAGUCCGAAAAAGGUCUGGGGAUCAUUGUCGCGAAAAGACAGUGCCCAGAAAGAUUGCGACGAUAUCGUCCACCUGGAAAAGGUCUGA